AUGGCUGAUACCAACGAGGCCACCAACAAGCAAUUGUUGGAGCUCAUGCAAGCUAUGAGAGAAGAUAUCUCUAGAAACAAGGAGCAGACGGAUGCGCGGUUGGAGUCGAUAGAGAGUGAUAAUGCUGCGCUCCAUGAAGAGGUGUUACAGUUGAGAAGCCAAAAUACUUCCCAAGGCCAUGACCCUGCUUCAGUCCAGAUCCCACCUUUUCCCCGCCUUGAACAAACACCGCCUAGAAACCCCUUACCUUACCCUUUAAAUACCCGAUUUGUCCCCGGAACUACCCCGAGGGGGUAUGAUGCUUCUACCUCACGAGAAAAAGACCCUGUGACAGAAGAAAUUCAGCAAAAUGUCGACAGGGAUGCUUCUGCCGAGUUGAUAAAUUCCCCAAAAAGCAGGCCUCUCCAUAUACCACGUUUUCCUGCUGCACCUUUCACAGGACCCACGGUAGCUUCUGUUGCUCAGGCAGCGAUGGCCAAACAAAUUGUGGAGUUGAGGGGAGAUAUAGACAAGCUGACCAAAGCACCUCCCGCUCUGGCCAAAAUUAAUACCAACUGCUAUAUGGGAUCGCCGUUUGUUGACAGGAUAUAUCAAACGGAUUUGCCGCACAGGUUCAGCGUGCCGAACAUGAAGUUGUACAAUGGGACUGACGACCCCGAAGAUCAUAUGGCCCAUUAUAAACUAAAAAUGGGUGCUAUCGCCAUACCGUACGGCAUGCAUGAGACGUGUAUGUGCAAAGGUUUCGGAUCGACUCUUACCGGUCCUGCUCUGCGUUGGUACAUUAACUUACCCAACGGUAGUAUUGCUUCUUUCGAGAAGCUAAUCGAGACGUUCAUGGUGCAAUUCUCGAGUAGUUGGAAGAUUCAUAAGUGCUCUGAUGACUUAUACCGACUGCCCCAACGAGUGGGAGAAUCCCUCCGUGACUUCCUGUCAAGAUUCAAUACGGAGAAAGUAUCCAUACCCUAUUGUGACCCAGGAACAACUAUUCAAGCGCUCCGGAGUUAUUUACUCCCAGAUGGGGAGUUUUAUGAAGAACUCAUGAAGUGCGAUGUGAGGAGCUAUGAAGAGGCUCUAAUCAAAGCUACUGUUUUUGUUCGAUGGGAGGAGGACGCAAGAAGAAAGCCAUCUAAUCCUCCUAAGGAAGAGAAGCGGGAAGAUAAGCGUCCAAGGAAGGAACAAUCGACCGUUGCGGAGCCUAGUAGUAACUGGAGCUCCCGCAAAUCCGGAGCAUCCAAUUAUGCCAAGAACUGUCCAGAGUACCCUCUUAAGAUACACCAAGUCUAG